AGCAAAACUAGUUUCCUCUUUUACCGGCCAUUAUGUACGACGUCAAAAUUUGUGACAUUUAGGUUAGAUUUUUAAAACUUUGUACAAAUUUCGUAUAAUUCAGCAUAAAUCCAGCAUAUAAUCGCUAAGCUAGUGUCAUGUGGUCAUUUUUCUCCCGCGAUCCUUCCAAAGACUUCAACUUUGAAGUCGGAGAGUUAGUCAAGGGGCUUGACGAACGGAGUGUAUGGACUUUACAUAAGGGCAAAAGAAAGGGCACAAAUGAGGAAGUUUCAGUGUUUGUUUUUGAUAUAAAGGGUGGAUCAGAAACACAGUUAGAAAUUGCCAAAGCGGCAGUUAAACGGCUAAAAACAUUGAGACACCCUAGUAUUUUAACUUAUUUAGAUAGUUACGAAUCGGAUAAGGUUUUGUAUUUAGCGACAGAACACGUUGAACCGUUGGCUAGUCACUUAGAGAAGUUGACGAUAGAAGGGGCUCAAAAGGAUUUGUAUAUUGCCUGGGGGCUGUUCCAAAUCACGCGAGCUUUGUCUUUCUUAAAUAAUGACGGUAAUUUGAGACACAACAAUGUUAACAUUUGGUCAGUUUUUGUCAAUUCUUCCGGUGAGUGGAAGCUGGGAGGUGUUGAAUAUGUCUCAAGUGCUCAAGACAACUCCAAUGUUACUAUUAAAAUCAUACCAUCGUUGGAAAUGUACGACCCUCCUGAAAAAAAUGACCCAACUAAACAGCGGUCAAUUACGAAAUGUUCUGCCGAUAUGUGGGGGCUGGGUUGUCUAAUAUGGGAAGUUUUCAAUGGUCCUUUAUAUCAACAGUCUUCUUUGAAACUCCUAGACAAGAUUCCUAAACAGUUGGGUCCAUUAUAUUGCGAGUUAGUUGGAGCGAAUCCGUCAUCAAGGCCUAAUCCUGCCGAUAUUAUAACUAGAUGCCGAAAGCUCGGCGGCUACUUUAAAAACGAUCUUGUAGACACUUUACUAUUUUUAGAAGAGAUUCAAAUUAAGGACAAAAACGAGAAAAACCGAUUUUUCUCAAACCUAACACCACACUUAGACAACUUCCCCGAAAGCGUGUGUAAGCACAAGAUUUUGCCCCAGUUGAUAACAGCCUUUGACUACGGGGACGCCGGAUCUGCAGUUCUAGCCCCCAUGUUUAAGUUGGGCCAACUCCUUGACGAAGCCGAAUACCAGAAAAAAAUCGUGCCCUGCGUGGUCAAACUAUUCGUAAGCAACGACAGAGCAACAAGGUCCCGACUUUUGCAACAACUUGAACACUUCAUCGGUCAUUUGCAAGCUGCGACCGUAAACGAACAAAUUUUCCCUCAAAUUGCUCACGGGUUUAUGGAUACCAACCCCACAAUUCGCGAACAGACUGUCAAAUCUGUGAUACAUCUAGCACCUAAAUUAAGUUACAACAAUUUAAACGUGGAGGUUUUGCGGCAUUUUGCGCGGCUCCAGUCGAAGGACGAUCAAGGGGGCAUUCGCACCAACACUACGGUGUGUCUGGGGAAGAUAGCACAACAUUUGCAUCCGCAAAUUAGGCAAAAAGUCCUCAUUUCGGCGUUUAUACGAGCGAUGAGGGAUCCCUUUCCUCCGGCACGUAACGCAGGCAUUUUGGCCUUGGCUGCGACGCAACAGUAUUAUCUUUUGAACGAAGUUUCGUCGAGAAUUUUGCCGGCAUUGUGUCAGUUAACGAUGGAUCCGGAAAAGUCGGUCCGGGAUUCGGUUUUUAGGACGAUUAAAGGGUUUUUGGGGAAGUUGGAGAAGGUGUCAGAGGAUCCCAGCUUGAGGGAGAGUAUGGAGGCCGAUGUCAAUACUGCAACCCCGAGUCUAAGCAACGCAGCCGCCACGUGGGCUGGGUGGGCUGUUACAGCAGUUACAGCGAAAUUCUACAGAAGUCAAUCAGAUACAGUCAAAUCAAUGAAUCCUAUGGCCAGUAAAAUGUUAACUAAACCGGCUUCACUAGAACAACCAUCGAGUAGCAGCAUUUCAACGACCACUUCUAGUGUUACUUCUAUGACGUCUUUAGAACACGAGGAGGGAAGUCGAGGAAACGAAUCAGUUUCUGACUAUGAUUAUGACCACUGGGGCGACAACGACAACUGGGGGGACAUGGAGACCGCCGGUCAGAUGGCUAGUAGUAGUGGCAGCGGGGGCGGUGGAGGCACCAGCGACCCCGCUAGCCCCCCGUCAGGGUCUGGUACUAACAAAAUUACAGACGGUUGGGAUAACGAAGAAUGGGGCAGUCUUGAAGAAGAGCCGGAGGUCGAAGCUGAACUUACAAGCCCUUCAGAAGCGUGGAGCCCCAGUGAUACGACCCCGAUAAUCCCCGAAUCGUACGAACACGGUUUGAGUAACAGGAAAUCGGCUAAUAAUUGGGGCGAUUCUGAGUUUGAACCGUUAGAAGAGCAACCAUCUACCACUAAUCCAAAGUUAGAAGAAGCCAAAAAGAAGCGAGAAGAGAGGAAAUUAAUGCGGCAAAAGGAGUUAGAAGCACGGCGGGCCAGUCGGACAACGGGUGGACCAAUGAAACUGGGGGCUAAAAAAUUAUAAAUGUCGAAUUAAAUGGAAUUAAACAGACUUAAAUAUACACCAAACUUGAUACAGACAUAUCUUGAAGCAUUUUGUCCCAAUUUUGAUUAGGAAUAGUGGAACCGGCAUAAUUAUACUGAGGAUAAUUAGUGUGUUAAUGUAGUCUAAUUAUUGAUUUGGUCUUGUUUUUCUACGGAAUUCUAAACGUGUACCAACAAUAACAUGCUUUUUGUGUACAUAAUAUGCAAUUUUUAAAGUAUAAAAACACGAUACCGACGAUGUGAAUAAUGGUUUCGUUUCUGUCGCGGUUCUUCCUCGGCUUUUUAUAUCAAAUAAUUGUAAACAUUUGCAUGCUGGUUGUAUUUAUGUAAAUAAUUUUACAGAUGUUUUAAUAUGUAUGAUAUUGUUUAAAUAACUUUAUUUCUGUAUAUUUUUCUUUACUAUUUGCGUUAACUGAAUUAUAUUUUUCUAUGUAUGUAUUACAUUACCAGAAUAAAUUUGUUUCAAGCA